AUGGCAGCAUCUAUGCUCUAUCGAAGAGCUCCAACUUUGAGCUCUUUCUCACGACAACCUCUCACUUCUACAUUUUCUAGAUACAUCACCAUGACUUCCCAUCGAUCAUUCUCAUCGUACCUCGUCACUCCCUCCGAAUUAUCCGAAGCUCUUAAAAAGAAUCCCCCCUCCAAGAUCUCGACAUCUCCCCGCACCGUCGCCCUCUGCUCAACAUGGUUCCUCCCUACGUCUCCUCUCAAUGGUCUCCAAACCUUUCGCGAAAAGCGAAUUCCCUCUAGUCGUUUCUUCGAUCUCGAUAAGGUAUGCGACAAACGUUCUCCUUAUCCUCAUAUGCUUCCUGAUGCGAAAACAUUCGCAUCUGCUAUGAGCGCGCUGGGAAUCCGCAGAGAUGAUAUAGUUGUUGUAUACGAUUCUCACGAGCAAGGUUUAUUCAGCGCGCCGAGAGUAGGAUGGACAUUAAAGGUUUUCGGGCAUCCAAGUGUACAUGUUUUGAAUAAUUUCAAAUUGUGGGUGGAAGGGGGAUAUCCAACUGAAAGUGGGGAAUUCUGGGAUGUUGAUACUUGCGCAUAUCCGAUUCCACAACUGGAUGAAAGUAAAGUUGCCGAUUUCGAGGAGGUUAGUGAAAUUAUCAAAGAUACUGGUAAAGAAGGAGCGGAAGGUGUACAAAUAUUGGAUGCGAGAAGUUAUGGAAGGUGGACCGGAAUGGACCCCGAGCCCAGAGAAGGUUUGACCAGUGGUCAUAUGAAGGGUAGUAUCAGUUUGCCCAUGGGAGAACUAUUGGAUCCAACUACCAAGACUUUGUUACCCGCGGACCAAUUGAGGAAGAUAUUUGAGAGCAAGGGUAUUGAUCCGACAAAGCCUAUCGUCAGCAGUUGUGGUACAGGUGUUACAGCUACCAUUAUCGAUGCUGCAUUGGCAGAAGCAUAUGGAGAGUCGGGUGUACGAAAAGUAUAUGAUGGAAGUUGGACUGAGUUCGCUCAAAGAACCAGUAUUCCGGACGGACUAAUUGUCAAGGAUGAAUAAGUUAUUGCAUUUCAGCGCUUGCGGCAAAUAUACCCACUCUACUCAAGGGCUUUUUACAAUGAUGAUAUCUAUGAUACGCAAGUUUCAGCGAAUGCAAUUAGGUUACGGAUUUUAGCUUUGCGAAUACUAAGAAAGGCGCACGUGGGAAUUUGAUUUUAGGGAGGUAUAGAUGCAUAUGAUGUUUAGCUGAUGAAAUAUCUUGGAGGAGAACCAAUGGAAAAUUCAAAAAGGCACAUUUUUCCAG